GCAGCGGCAGCGCAGGUGUCACGCCGGAGGGCAGGUGCUGGUGGCCGGUUUGGGUCGGUCGGGGACCGGUGCUCCCGAGGCCUCAUGAAACCGCAAGAGCCAGCGGAGAGCGGCCCCGCCACCGCCGCCGCKCUGGAGGCGCUGAAGCAGCGGGCGUGCGAGAGCGUGGAUCUGAACGCGGCGCGUCUGGGCGCGCUGAGCCGCGACAUCUGGAGCCGUCCCGAGCUGGCAUAUGCGGAGCACCAGGCGCACGACGCCCUGACCCGCUUUUUCUCCAGCGGGGACCUGCCCGGCGCCGCCUGGGCCGUGCAGCCGCGCUACAAGCUGGGCACRGCCUUCCGCGCCGACUGGGGCACGGCGGCCCCGCAGGAGCCGCUCCGCAUCGCCUUCCUCUGCGAGUACGACGCGCUGCCCGGGCUCGGGCACGCCUGCGGGCACAACCUCAUCGCCGAGGUGGGAGCCGCCGCCGCGCUGGCGCUGAAGGCCGCCCUGGAGAGCCUGGCGGAGCCCGUGGCCGUGCAGAUCACUGUGCUGGGGACGCCCGCGGAAGAGCAGGGAGGAGGCAAAAUAGACCUGAUCAAGGCUGGAGCGUUCGAUGGCCUGGAUGUGGUUUUCAUGGCGCACCCCUCGCAAGAAAAUGCUGCUUACCUGCCCGACGUGGCCGAGCAUGAUGUGACUGUGAAAUACUAUGGAAAAGCUUCUCAUGCUGCUGCWUAUCCUUGGGAAGGAGUUAAUGCAUUAGAUGCUGCUGUUCUUGCGUACAACAAUCUGUCUGUUUUAAGACAGCAAAUGAAACCAUCCUGGAGAGUUCAUGGUGUGAUAAAAAAUGGUGGUGUGAAACCUAACAUCAUUCCUUCUUACACUGAAUUAGAGUUUUAUUUGCGUGCUCCUUCGAGGAAAGAGCUUUCUGUUCUAACAGAGAAGGUUGAGAACUGCUUCAAAUCUGCAGGACUGGCCACAGGAUGCAAGGUUGAAAUAAAAGGUGGUGAAAAUGAUUACUAUAAUGUGCUUCCAAAUAAGAGCCUGCAGAAAAUUUACAAAGAGAAUGGAAAGAAGCUUGGAAUAGAUUUUAUAUCAGAAGAUGUUACCWUGAAUGGCUUGUCAGGAUAUCAGUUUCUUCUGUUGAAAGGGAAGGAAGAUAGCUCAGUUGCUUCUCCAUGUCUGUGCAGCAGAACAGUCGUUAAGAGAUGAGCGUACUCGCUGCCACCUCUGCGUGGGUAUUAGUGUCGGUCUGCUCACAGGUAUCUCUCUAGGCAGAUAAGCGUAACCAAGGCUUCCUUCAGUGCAUCAAAUCACACCACUCUGUGCCUGGUGCAGCUCUGCUUGCUGGGCACACAGCCAGGGUGAUGUGACAUACUGGGAAACUGAGCUAGCUUGGACCAGGUACUAGGACCUGUUUCUCCUACUGGUUGUAGGGUAGCUUUACUACAGGAUACCCAUAACCUAAAGCAGAUGGCUUAGUUAAUCAUACCUUAGUUGAGGUACUCACACCUGUGAUAACUUAACCUGGUCAAAAUUUGGUAUUCAUGGGGUUCAUUGGCUUCCUGUGCACAAGACUGAUAAAGAAAAUCWUAAGAAGGUCUAGUAUAUUUUGAAAAUUCCACUUUUGAAGCUUGGGACUGUAUAUAAAGGUUUCCUUUUGUGUUUUCCCCUCUGUUCCUGUUUGUGGUAAUACUGACUCCAUUAAAUAUUCAGUGACUUGAAGAGGCUUCAGGAUAUAUUUUUGAGAGAUAGGAGCUCCAAUGUAUUUCUGUUGAAAAUAGUGCAGGAUUAUGUAUAUUGCAUUGAUAACUGCAAUUAUUUAUACUUCUAGAAGGAAUCCCAACCUGUAUGUGUCUAGCAAGUGUACUAUUUCAGAUAUUUGUAUUGAAACCAUUGGAACCCCUGAUGUUCUAAACAUAUCUCUGUGUUAUUCCCAUCAAGGGUGUCACAUUUUUCUCAUAGAGGGAAAGAUUUAGCUGUCACAUUUUUGUUAAAAGCUGCCUGUUUUUUGCCUCUCCAUAUAACUAGAAAAUACCCAAUUUAAAUCCCUUCUAUUCAGCAAAAAUAGCAUAUCAACUGGUAAUGUAUUGGAUAUGGAUAUAAAUCUGGGAGAAAUUACAUGACUGAGCUAUGAUGCAGUGAAAUUUCUGAUGUUUCAUUCAGUAAGUGAGAGCAAGGAAAAGGGUAGYACAGUCUUUGCAGCAGUUCAUGGGACUGAGUAAGGCAGAUCUAGAAUCCUUGGUUCUGGAGUAUGCAGAACUUCUGGUUUGUCUAUCUAGAUAGACCAAGAAUGAAUCAGUAGUGCAGACUACUGGAAAUCAAAGUAACUUGUUGCUGUGCCAAGUGUUGGGUUUUCUUCAAAUGCAUACUGAAUUUAUGGGAAGAGAUGUUUUUGAACAAGCUUUGCUGUUUCCAUUGACUGUAAGCAGAGCAAAUAGCAAACUCUUUUCCUCAUAAUGUGGGCUCUGUGGACUGAUUUUUAAUAGCUGUAAAAGUAAAAAAAGUAAAAUCUGUAUUCUUCAAUCAUUUAAUUACUAAAUCUUAAGGUAUUAGCAAUAUAUUCUCUUCAUAAAGUAUCAUGAUAUAGAGGCUACCUGAUGUGUUACAAUUAAUCCUAAUUUUUUUGAAUAGUCAUUUUAUAUACCAUUGCUAAAGAAACAAAUUCUUGCAUCUCUGGCCCCAAAAAAAUUUAUUGACAUCUUAGUGARGCAUAUUUUUCCCUGUUACAAAACAAUGCUUCCUCUGGUGUCUGGAUUUCACAAUAACGGGUAUGUUGAUUCCUCCAGCUUCGAAAUGUCAUUUUAACAAAGGAUGAGGGGAUUUCUUGUUUGGGGAAAAAAAACCUCUUGGGAUGUAGCUGUAGACUCUUGGAUGAUUUACUAUGCAGAAUCUUCUGUUUGGGAUGGUAUCAUUGGGUAGAUAAGACUAUGAGAUCCAUGCUUCCAUUACAUAACAUACUGAAAGUGAUAGGCAGGCAUGAAAGAAUUAUCAUUAAAAUCUGCAGCGUUGCCAUCAGGUAUUUGUCUACAAAGCUCUAGCAUUUUGUCUGGAAUUUAGUUCUGGUUUUAUUUCAGAGGUGCUUGUGCCAUUAAAAUUUCCGUAACUAAGAAUAAUCAAAACACAUGGGGGAUAAACAGUUAUCCUCAAUGUAGUUUUAAUUAAAGAUAAACARUUUCUGCUUCAGUCCCCUACUGAAUGCUGAAUAUUUGCAUAUUGGUGAGAAGCAGGAUGUGUUUGGCCUAGUUCUGAGGGUUCUAAGAGGAAGGAAACUGAACUGUGUGAAACUCCUAAGGUCUGCAGCUUUCCUUGUUUCUGAAUUAACAGCUUACUAUCAGGAGAUGCUUGAUAAGAAAUGAGCAAUUAAGGGAAUAGGAGUAUGCUGAGACAUCCUCCCUGCAGUGCAAUAACUGAUCUUUGAUCAGAAGUGCACUGGAGUGAAGCACCUGAAGAUGACUAGUYAGGGAAAACACCUUGGUGACAGGAGAUAUUUGUAUAGAUAAUGACUCAAUAGGAAUGCUUUUAUUUUAGUAUUUGRGGCAAAGGAUAUUCCAUUUUAGAUACGGGCUGGAGAUAAUGUYUAUCAUGCAUUUUCUUACAGCACCAAAAACUGCCCAACAUUUGUUUAUUAAGAAAAUCUCUAUGCUGCUUCUAGGUUCUACCGACUUUGGAAAUGUUACAUUUGUGGUUCCUGGGCUUCAUC